UCCAACAUAGCAAAGCAUGUUUUUGGUGCUUCCAAAGUGGCUGCCACGGCAAGCACUAAGAAACUUGACUUGUUAAGGAGCUUGGGUGCUGAUCUGACCAUAGAUUACACUAAGGAGAAAUUCGAAGAGCUUCCUCAAAAAUUUGAUGUCGUAUUUGAUGCAGUUGGCGAAGGUGAACGAGUUGGGAAGGCAGUGAAAGAAGGUGGUAACACUGUGGCAAUUAUAGGGCCUGCAACACCACCGACCACGGUGUUUUUUCUGACUUCAACCGCCACUAUUUUGGAGAGUGGGAAGGUAAAACCAGUGCUUGAUCCCAAAACCCCUUUUCCAUUUUCAAAGCCUGUGGUGGCAUUUUCUCACAUUGAAACUUCCAGAGCUAUUGGCAAGAUUGUUGUGUCCCAUUUGGGACCCAUUCAUGCAUUCUGGAGGGUUUCAAUGCCAAUUGCUGGAAAUUAUCCCGUUCAUGGCUUAAUGAAUGUGACUGAAGUUGAGCAUGCAUAUAUCGGCAACUUGGCAUGGGAUGUACGUCAUGACAGUACUCCAUACAAUGUUGCACCUGCUGUUCGAGACAAACCACCACAGGCAAGUCAUGAUGAAAAAGAUGAAGGUAUUCCACUUACAAGAAGUGGAAUAAGUAAGAAAUGGAAAGAGGCAUCUGUGGAAAUUAUGGGAAAAGGAGGGAGGCGGAGAAUGGGACAUAAGCCAACAUACCAGCCUUCUUCAUAA